AUGGUGUGGCAGGUGCGCCACAACUACCACCCCGACUGCGAGGCCGCCGUCAACAGCCAGAUCCAGGUGCAGCUGCACGCCUCCUACGUCUACCUGUCCUUGGCCUUCUUCUGCCACCGCCCACAAGUGGCCCUGGAGCACUUCGGCAACUUCUUCCUGCGCCUGUCGCACGAGUGGAGGGACCGCGCCGAGAAGCUGAUGGAGCUGCAGAACCAGCGCGGAGGCCACAUCCGGCUCCACGACGUGGAGCAGCCCCAGCGCAAUGCCUGGCACAGCGGCCUUCAGGCCAUGGAGUGCGCCUUCCACCUGGAGAAGAGCCUCAACCGGGGCCUCCUGGAGCUGCACCACCUGGCCGCCGAGAGGGGCGACCCCCACCUCUGCCAGUUCCUGCGGCGCCACUAUCUGCACCAGCAGGUCCUCAUCAUCCGCGAGCUGGCCGGCUACCUGACCAACCUGCGCAGGAUUCGGGCCCUGGAAGACCCCAUGGCCGAGAUCCUCUUUGACAGGCUCACCCUGGGCCGCAGCUACAAGGAUGACUGA